AUGGCUGCAUCAACUCCGAAUAAAUAUGACUUCAUUGUUGUGGGUGGUGGAACCGCUGGAAAUGUCGUUGCAGGUAGACUAGCAGAGAAUUCCGACGUGAAAAUACUUGUGAUUGAAGCUGGAAUUGGUAAUCCAAACGAUAUCCCAGAGAUAACAACGCCCGCUCGCGCAUUCGAACUCCGAAACAGUAAAUAUGACUGGUCCUAUCAGACAACCUUCGUCGACAGGUCUGACUACGAGCGUGUUGAGAAACCAAAUACCCAUGGAAAGGUGCUUGGUGGUAGUAGCAGCUUGAACUAUCUCACCUGGAUUCAUGGUAGUAGAGAAACACUUGAUGCGUGGCGGGAGUACGGCGGGGAUGAGUGGACAUGGGAGAAGUGCGAGCACUAUUUUCAAAAGCCAGCCUCAUAUCACGAUGAUGAGAGAGUGUACGAUCCCCUCUUUUCCAAGAUCGGACGCGAGGGUCCACUCCAUAUUUCCCACCCCAAUCUGCUCUCAGAAACUCGCGCUUUCCGAGAUGCUCUAACGCAGGCAUGGACUAGCAAGGGUCAUGAACUAAAAGAAGACAUCUACAAUGGCAGAUUGGAGGGUUUGACUCACUGUGUCAGUACAGUCUACGAUGGAGUCCGGUCAAGCAGCGCAGUAUACCUCACUGGGAAAGAAAAUGUUGAGAUAUUGCAUUCCACCGUCGCGACAAAGAUCAACUUUGAAGGCGAUACUGCAGUUAGCGUGACAUUUGUCGGAACUGAUCACAACGAAACCACAUUGAAAGCAAAGAAAGAGAUCAUCAUUGCAGCUGGAGUUUUCGAAACGCCCAAGCUAUUGCUUCUUUCCGGUAUCGGUCCCAGACGUGAACUGGCUCGUCAUGGAAUUCACCCUGUGAUAACGUCCGAGCAUGUAGGCGAGCAUCUUCUCGAUCAUCCAAUUCUUCCACACGUUUUCAAACUGAAGGAUGGCUUGGGUUUGGACCACAUUCUUCUUCAAGAGGGGCCUGCCCGCAAUGCUGCCUUGAAGCAAUACGAGAAGGAUAAAACGGGCCCACUGGCUAGCGGCCUUCUUGAGAUGGUAGCCUUCCCACGCAUUGACGAGCAACUGGAGAAACAUCCGAUGUAUCGCAACGCCAGGACAAAUAAUGGAGGAAAAGAUCCUUUAGGACCUGCAGGUCAACCCCAUUUUGAGAUUGACUUUAUUCCCAUGUUUUGCGAUGCUUUCCAGUGGCACUUCGAUAUCCCACCCCAGGGAGACUGGCUAACGGUUGUUGUCGACCUUCUCCAUCCACAGUCACAGGGCGGGUAUGUGAGACUCAAUUCGAUAGAUCCACGUGAACAACCCGACAUCAAUCUCAACUACUUUACCGACGAGCUGGAUAUCAUCGCUUUGAGAGAGGGUGUUCGUUUUAUCGACGAUAUCCUUCUAAACGGUGAUGGAAUGAAAGAGAUCAUUGCUGAGGAUUUUCCGUGGCCCGUGCCCCGCGAGUCAGAUGAAGAGAUGGAUCGCCUUGUUAUGGAUCGGGCGCAGACUGGAUAUCAUCCCUGUGGUACUGCCAGACUGUCUCAUGACAUUGAUCAAGGUGUGGUGGACUCUAAACUGAGAGUUCAUGGUGCUAAGAGACUUCGCAUUGUUGAUGCGUCCAUCAUUCCAGUCAUUCCGGACUGCCAGAUACAGAAUGCAGUCUACAUGAUUGGAGAAAAGGGUGCCGAUAUAAUCAAAGCGGCUUAUCCGGAGCUCUAUUAA